AUGCCUCCGAAACGAAAAACAAAAGAAGAAAUGCUAGAAAAGGCAAAGUUAGCACGCCGUAAAAGGUACGAAAAAAUCAAAUCAGAUCCGACGCUUUACGCUUUAGAAAAAGAAAAAGAACGCGAAAGGUACCUAAAAAGAAAGGGGCAAAAGAAAAUUCUGUCUAUAUCCGACAUGACCCCAAGAAACAGGUGGUUGCAAAGAGAAAAAUGGAGAGAGAACUUCAGAAAUUAUUACCGAAGGAAAGUUGUCAAUCGUGAAAAUGAAACGAUGAAUAAGGAUACACCAAGUUGUAGCGAUAAUGAAGAUUCCCAAGAGUCGGACGGAGUUGAUGAAGGUACUGAUACGGCGAGAGAACUUAAUACAAAUGAGAAUGUAUCUCAGGAUUUACUUAUCAUAAGAAACCCAGAACCUACUAUAUCUAAAGUUAAACAGGAAAACAGAGUUGAAUUUGAAGAUUCAGCAUACGAUAAGGAGGUCGAUAAUCCAAAAACUCCUGGUAAAGCGGAUAACAGUGAAGAAGAAGUUCUUAUUUUAGCAAAUGAAGACGUCAGCGAGAAGAAAGACGAACAUUUCUAUUGGGCUAUCUCUUGCGCUGCUGAUAUACGAAAAAUGGAUCAUGUUCAACAGAUUUAUGCUAAGAAAGCUAUCGCUGAAAUAUUAAUGGAAGGUCAACUUGGAUUGUUGCAUCGUAAUUCUAUGAAAUUGAACGAAUUAUCAUCAUCAUAG